AUGGCGCCGACGCUGCUGGACCUGGCCCACUGGAGCACCUGGGCGGUGUGCGCGGUGAUCAAGGUGCCGCAGCUGGCGGCGGUGCUGGCGGCCCGGUCGGCGCGGGGGGUCAGCGCGGGCAGCCUGCUGCUGGAGCUGGCCGGCUUCCUUGUGUUUCUGAGGUACCAGAUCUAUUAUGGUUACCCUCUGCAGACAUACCUGGAAUAUCCCAUCAUCAUUGCACAAGAUGUCAUUCUCCUUUUGUUUAUUCUGCGUUUCAGCGGAAACAUGAAACGAGCUUUGUUCUAUGCAGUCAUAUUUGGGGGGGGCUGGUACAUGCUAAUACUGCGGAAGUGGAUAAUAGAUCUGGCCAUGAAUUUGUGCACAUUCAUCAGUGCGGCCAGUAAGCUGGCACAGCUGUGGUGUCUCUGGCAGACAAAAGAUUCUGGACAAGUGAGCGCCUUGACCUGGAGUAUGUCUGCAUAUACCUGUGCAACAAGAAUAGUUACAACUGUAAUGACUACGAAUGAUCUCGCAGUUCUCAUCCGUUUCAUAACCAUGCUCAUUCUCAAUAUUUGGGUCACAGCCACAGUCCUGCACUACAGGAAGACUAAAAAGACUGAUUAGAAGACAUCCAUCAGCACGCACCACAGUUAUCAAAAAACCCUGAUACAAUUAUGUUUAAACAACAGAAAAAAGGUUGAGGAAGCUCUCUCUUUCUUAAGCCUAGUAUUUAUCCCUAAGCAUGCUUAGUACAGUCAUGCUUAUUUUCUCUUAGAAACAAUUCUGAUAAGAUACUUAAUUUAAGCAGCAUAUUUUUAUUGGUAAUUUAAGACAGAUUUCACUGCUAUCACAUUUUCUCUGGAUGUUUUUUACUAAGCGAACAAGGUAUUUCAUAUUUAGAUGUUUAUAUAUUCUUGUAUCACUUCAGUACUUUCUGGUUACAUAUAAGCAAUUUUUUCCAAUUAUACAAGAGCAGUUUUGCACCAACAUAUCAACUCAUCUCUCUGCGUCUGCUGCAAGUUUGAAAAACAACAGAUGUUUGUUGUCUUCUUGCAAGCAACUCAAUUAACUAUCUGUUGUUAAUUAAGUUCAACAUUAACUAUUUUUAGGAUGAAGAAAAUCUGAAUCAAGGUCCAAUCCAAAAUAAGGUUCUAAAUGUGUUUGACAAAGUCACAAAUUCCAGCUGGGAUCGUAGCGCUUACAUGCAACACUUAAAUAGUACAGUUUAUACAGCUGAUACAGGGUACCCAUGGUCGCUUUCUUCAAUAUACCCAGGUUUUAUUAGGGUAAGAGCAAAAAAUCAGCUAUGAAUUCUUUUUCAGCCUGAGCUCUUUAUUCACUGAACAUACUGGUUUAGGAACAGCAGUGACUAGAAUGUCUAGGAAUUAAUGACACUUUGACCAACAGUUAAAAAUUGUGUUCAAGCAGAAGUUCCUGAACCGAUACCCAGAGCCCGCAGACACAAGCCACACAGACCAUGACCCGUUUACACGUGCACCUUGACGCAUCACAAACUCAUCUCCAGUGGUGUCAGGUUUUGACGAUACUGCUCUGUGCUUUGUUAGUUUUUAGCCCGUCUUGUGCUAAGCGUGCUGUCGGACGUUUACAUUUUUACUUUGGAGAUUCUGAUCUAUUUGUAAUAGGUAUACGAAAAAAAGGAAAAGGAUAUUGCUGAGAACUAUUAACGGGGGAUUUUGCUUUUGAAAGUAAUGCUAUUCCAACCAGAAGUUACCGAAGUAAUCACAUAGCUUGCCUUCAUUACCCACUGUGUUCUCCAAAAUGAAAAGAUAGGCCUUUCAAAAGAGUUUUUACAGUAUUACUGUUGAUCAGCAUGUUAAAACCAAGGCACCCUUGAUCCUGACACUCCUGACUACUACGGGAAGACUGCACUGCCCACAGUCGAGGCAGGUUUUCCUUGCGACAUGCUAAAUAAAUGGACUCACGCAAGAGCGGGAUCUGCAAAAGCGGAUGUUUCCACCAGUGUACACUCAGCAGUCAGACGGGGACCUUCACCAUCAGAAAACAUCGCUGCUUUGUAAACUCUCAUUUACAGCAGGAAGGGGUGGGAAGAGCUAUGUCUGUGGACAUACCAUUUAAUGUAUCUCACAUUACUGAGAGCAAGUUCAAAGAUGAGCUUUUUUACUGCUCCAAUAAAAUGCAUAAAUGCUUCUGUGUUAGUUGAGACAGUAACUGUAAACAUCCUGAUACUGAUUUUUCUAAAGCUGUGUAACAUAGAUGAAGCGGUCUAAAUGGUGGCAGGUGGCAUGUGGUACCUUUUCCAGGCCGUAUUAAUAAAUGCUAUUCUUCAUGACGGA